UGGAGCGGGAAGGGAGGAAGCUCCGGGUGAAAUAGAGUUGUGCGACAGGGUUCCGAGCGUGACGCUGGUUCCCGCAAGAGCGCUGCCGGGGUCGCGAUUCUGCACCGCGAGGCAAGAUGCUCAAGUCCAAAACGUUCUUAAAAAAGACCCGGGCGGGCGGUGUGAUGAAAAUCGUGCGCGAGCACUACCUGCGGGAUGACAUUGGCUGCGGCGCUCCCGGCUGCUCGGCGUGCGGCGGCGCGCACGAGGGGCCGGUCUUGGAGCCACAGCCCCAGGACCCGGCCAGCACCCUCUGCCCAAGUCCGCACUACUUGCUGCCCGACACCAACGUGUUGCUGCACCAGAUUGAUGUUCUUGAGGAUCCGGCCAUCAGGAAUGUGAUUGUGCUGCAAACAGUUCUCCAAGAAGUGAGAAAUCGGAGCGCCCCUGUGUAUAAACGAAUCCGAGAUGUGACGAAUAACCAAGAGAAGCAUUUCUAUACUUUUACUAACGAGCACCAUAGGGAAACCUAUGUGGAACAAGAACAGGGAGAAAAUGCGAAUGACAGGAAUGAUAGAGCCAUUCGUGUAGCAGCAAAAUGGUAUAAUGAACAUUUAAAGAAAUUGUCAGCAGAGAAUCAGCUACAAGUUAUCUUCAUAACAAAUGACAGGAAAAACAAAGAGAAAGCUGUAGAAGAAGGGAUACCAGCUUUCACUUGUGAAGAAUAUAUUAAGAGCCUAACUGCUAACCCUGAACUCAUAGAUCGUCUUGCUUGUUUGUCUGAAGAAGGGAAUGAAAUAGAAAGUGGGAAAAUAAUAUUUUCAGAGCAUCUUCCCUUAAGUAAGUUACAACAAGGUAUAAAAUCUGGUAUUUACCUUCAAGGAACAUUUAGAGCCAGCAGGGAAAAUUACUUAGAAGCUACAGUAUGGAUUCAUGGAGACACGGAAGAAAAUAAAGAGAUAAUAUUGCAAGGACUUAAACAUUUAAACCGAGCGAUUCAUGAAGAUAUUGUGGCUGUGGAGCUUUUCCCCAAGAGUCAGUGGGUGGCACCAUCUUCUGUGGUUUUGCAUGAUGAAGGGCAAAAUGAAGAUGAUAUGGAGAAAGAAGAGGAGAAAGAGCGCAUGCUGAAAACUACUGUCAAUGAAAAAAUGUUAAAGCCUACAGGUAGAGUUGUAGGAAUAAUAAAAAGGAAUUGGAGACCAUAUUGUGGCAUGCUUUCCAAGUCCGGCAUUAAGGAGUCCAGAAGACAUCUGUUUACGCCUGCUGAUAGAAGAAUCCCUCGAAUUCGGAUAGAAACUAGACAGGCUUCUACAUUAGAAGGACGGAGAAUAAUUGUUGCUAUUGAUGGUUGGCCCAGAAAUUCCAGAUAUCCAAAUGGACACUUUGUAAAAAACUUAGGCGAUGUUGGAGAGAAAGAGACUGAAACAGAAGUUCUGUUACUUGAGCAUGAUGUUCCCCAUCAGCCCUUUUCCCAGGCUGUACUCAGCUUUCUGCCAGAGAUGCCCUGGAGCAUUACUGAAAAGGACAUGAAACACCGAGUAGACCUGCGACAUCUCUGUGUUUGUAGUGUGGACCCACCAGGAUGUACAGAUAUAGAUGAUGCCCUGCAUUGCAGAGAACUGGAAAAUGGAAAUUUGGAGGUUGGGGUUCAUAUUGCUGAUGUUAGCCAUUUUAUUAGACCAGGAAAUGCCUUGGAUCAAGAAUCAGCCAGAAGAGGAACAACUGUGUACCUUUGUGAAAAGAGGAUUGACAUGGUUCCAGAGUUGCUUAGCUCUAACUUAUGUUCCUUAAGAUGUGAUGUUGACAGGCUGGCAUUUUCAUGUAUUUGGGAAAUGAAUCACAAUGCCGAAAUCUUAAGAACAAAAUUUACCAAAAGUGUCAUUAACUCAAAGGCUUCUCUUACAUAUGCUGAAGCUCAGAUGAGAAUUGAUUCAGCAACCAUGAAUGAUGAUAUCACCACUAGUCUUCGUGGACUAAAUAAGCUAGCUAAAAUUCUGAAAAGAAGAAGAAUUGAAAAUGGGGCUUUGACUCUUUCUUCUCCAGAAGUUCGAUUCCACAUGGACAGUGAAACUCAUGAUCCUAUAGAUCUGCAGACCAAGGAACUUAGAGAAACAAAUUCCAUGGUGGAAGAAUUUAUGUUACUUGCCAAUAUCUCUGUUGCCAAAAAAAUUCAUGAAGAGUUUUCAGAACAUGCUCUGCUCCGAAAACAUCCUGCUCCACCUCCAUCAAAUUAUGAAAUUCUUGUUAAGGCCGCUAAGUCCAAGAAUUUGGAAAUUAACACUGAUACUGCCAAGUCUUUGGCUGACUCUUUGGACCGGGCUGAGUCUCCUGUUUUCCCGUAUCUAAACACUCUGUUAAGAAUAUUAGCCACUCGCUGCAUGAUGCAAGCUGUGUAUUUCUGUUCUGGAAUGGAUAAUGACUUUCAUCACUAUGGCUUAGCAUCGCCAAUAUACACACAUUUUACUUCACCCAUCCGAAGAUAUGCGGAUAUCAUUGUUCAUCGGCUGUUGGCUGUGGCUAUUGGAGCUGACUGUACUUAUCCAGAGUUGACAGACAAACACAAACUUGCAGAUAUUUGUAAAAAUUUGAAUUACCGGCACAAAAUGGCUCAGUAUGCCCAACGUGCAUCAGUGGCAUUUCACACACAGUUAUUUUUCAAAAGCAAAGGAAUAGUAAGCGAAGAAGCCUAUAUUCUAUUUGUAAGAAAGAAUGCCAUCGUGGUGUUAAUUCCAAAAUAUGGUUUAGAAGGUACAGUCUUUUUUGAAGAAAAGGAUAAACCAAAGCCACGGCUUAUUUACGAUGAUGAGAUACCUUCACUCAAAAUAGAAGAUACAGUGUUCCAUGUGUUUGAUAAAGUUAAAGUGAAAAUUAUGUUAGAUUCAUCUAAUCUUCAGCAUCAGAAAAUCCGAAUGGCCCUGGUGGAACCUCAGAUACCAGGGAUAAGCGUUCCUAUGGAUAUUUCAAAUAUGGAUUCUGAACCAGGGAAAAAGAAGAGGAAGCUUGAAAAAUAGCUACAUUCGAGAAAAAUUUUCAAAAACUGGUUUAAAAAAAAAAUCUUGAGAGACCCCCUUCUAAGCCUAAGUGUGUGUGAUAGUUUGUUACUUUUAAGUAUAUUUUAAUAAUUUUAGAAAUUUGCAUUUUUAUUGAACUGUUGACUGUCUUUAUCGUACCACUUUGUUUCCAGAUUGAACAGAACUAUUUAUGCAGAAAAAUUCAGUUGAUUAUCCAUCACUUAGUGACAGGGUGAGCAACAUCAGGGAUCUGUGAAGAUCGUUGAAAUGGAGUACUCAUCUGCUCAUUGAAGGGCAGAUUAAUUUCACAUAACUACUUUAAUAUUGGUAGGAAAAAACCCCAUCAUUUUCCUAACACAGGAAAAUGAGCAUUUGAGAAGGAAAAGUCUUUCCAAAUCUUGAAAGCCAUCAGUGUUUGGCAUUUAAUCUUCUUUGCCAUCUUUAAUUUACCUAACUUACAUGAAGUAUUUCCUCUACUGUUUUUUUUUUUCAAGUGGUCCUUGCACAGCUAUGUUUGGCAAUUGGUAGGAAACCAAGAUAAAAAUAGGAUAAUGAGAGCUGACUUGGAAAAUACUUUUUUUAUUACCAGGUAGUAAGUGUGAUUAUAUUCCUUGGCUUUCAGCUCUAAUCUCUCCCCAAGAUAGGGAAUCUGAGCUCAGAGAAAUACAGAUGGUAAAUGUCUACAACUUUUUAUCUUGUAAAAACAUAAUGGGUUUUAAAUUCCAUUUGUAUCAGAUUAUAUAGGAGAGGAGGAAUUGUAUAAGAACAUAAUAAAAGGAACAGAUUAAAAUUAGUUUUAUAAUUUGGUGUGUCAGAUUGACUACUUUCCUAUUAACCAGAGAUUACCAAUGACUAAAUGUGUUUUCAGCAUUUUGGGAUACAGUUUUUUAAAACCUUUGACUUGUUAAAAUUUUUUUUUAAUUUGAAAGAGUGACAGAGAGAGGGACAGAGAAUUUCCAUCCUCUAGUUAACUCCCUCAAUGGCCACAAGGUUUGGGACUAGGCCAGGCCAAAGCCAGGAUUCUGAGUCUCCUAUAUUGGUGGCAGGGUUCCAAGUACUUGGGUCAUCUUCUGUUGCCUUCCCAAGCGCAUUAGCAGGGAGCUGAUUGGAAGUGGAAUAGCUAGAACUCGAACAGGUAGUCUGAUAUGGGAUGCCGGUGUUACAGGCAGUGGCUUAACCCUGCUGUCUACAACGUCAGCCCCAAGACCUUUGCCUUGGCUUUUCAAUUUCUAAAGCAUGUGAUGGUGUUAUCAGGUCAAUCAUCGGUCAAGUAAACUCUCCCUUCACGGAGCUUGCAGUAUGAGAAAAGACUGGCAAACAAAUCAGUGGUGUACUAAGUGACUACAAUUAACAAUAUUUACAAUUAUUUAGGCAUUCAGUAAUGGUUGAGUGCUCCCAGUUUUCUAUUAUUGAAGGAAACAUGCAUGCACUGAGGCAGAACUCAUUUCAACUGAAGGGAAAUAGCCUUAAGUAGUUUUUGAUCCAAGAAAAGUGGGGACAAUGACUAACAUACUCAAGCAAUAGUCAGCAAGCCUUUUCCACUUUGCUGCCUGGAAUCUGUGUUGCAGCUGGGGUACUUAACUCUGUGGUAGCUGUAGUGAGUGAAGCAGCCAGACAAUAUGUAAACAAGUGAGCACGGCUACACUCCAAUAGCUUUCUCUAUAGAUAUGGAAAUAAGUUUCAAAUGAUUUCCCUGUGUCAAGCAAGUUAGUAGGGAGCCGGGUCAGAAGCAGAGUAGCCGUGACCUAAACUGGCUGCUCCAGUAUGGGGUGCUGGCAUUGUAGUCACUGCACCACAAGUGCUAGCCCCGUGAUCCUCUUUUUAACAAAUGAAAAAAAUAAUGAAGUUUAUGGCUCAUAUAAAGUAAUGAGAGUGGAGAGGAAUUUUAAAUGCUGAUUAAAAUAACUGCUUCAUUCUUUCUUGACUUGUGCUAUUAAAAAAUUAUAGCCAGGGAAGCUCUUAUCCUUAUCACCUAGAGCUCCUCUUCAAUUUGUAGCAGUUGUGUUUUUCUUUUUUUUAAAUUGUAUGUAUUUGAGAGGCAGAGUUACAGAGAGAGGCAGACAGAGAGAAAUGUCGUCCAUCUACUAGUUCACUUCCCAAAUGGCUGCAACAGCUGGAGCUGGGCCAAUUUGAAGCCAAAAGCCUGGAGCUUUUUCCAGGUCUCCCAUGUGACUGCAGGGGCCCAAGCACUUGGGUCAUCUCCCACUGCUUCCCCAGGUGUAUCAGCAGGGAGCU